AUGUGUCAUGGAAACAAAGAAAUAUUCUCCUGCAGAGGUAUCAAAAUCUGCGUCGACUGGUUCAAAGCUCGAGGUCACAAAGACAUUACCGUUUUUGUACCGAAAUGGCGAAAGGAGUCUCCCAGGCCCGAUAAUCUCAUACGCGAUCAAGAGAUUUUAGCUGAGCUGGAAAAGGAAAGGUUGCUGGUUUUCACGCCUUCCCGGCUAGUGGGCGGGAAAAGAAUGGUUUGUUACGACGACAGAUAUAUACUGAAACUGGGAGUGCAAACAGACGGAAUAGUAGUCAGCAACGACAACUACAGAGAUUUGUGUCAGGAGAAUGCAGAGUUUCGGAAAGUGGUAGAAGAAAGGAUAUUGAUGUACUCGUUCGUUAACGAUCAUUUCAUGCCGCCUGACGAUCCGUUGGGUAGAUCGGGACCGACUCUGGAUAAUUUCUUGAAGUGUCAAGCGAAAAAGGGGGAUCCACCUCCACCUUGUCCCUAUGCGAAGAAAUGCACUUAUGGGAACAAGUGCAAGUAUCAUCAUCCGGAGAGGGGUCCUCUGCCACACAAGAGCGUCACGGAGAGACUAUCAGAGCAUGCCCAGAGACAUUUGCAGGCUCGAGAAGGUGACGUUAGAAAAACUCCCCUGGGAAGAACCAGGUCGAACGUACCACCACCGAAAGAACCUCAGCACGCCAUAGUCUCCAAGAGUCGCAGCGUUGAUAAUGUCGGCAGUUCCUAUCAGCCCGUGCAGCCGCAAGAGAAUCUCCACAGGAAAUUGCAAAGGCAGCUCACGUUGAAUCCGGGCGCGGAUCCUAGAUUAUCGAUGCGGUACGGCGCCCCUCAGAUCUCCAGCAAUCAAAAACGUGAAAUGUCGAGUAACAAUUAG